GUCUGUCUGUCUGUCUGUCUGUCUGUCUUCAAAGGCCUUAAUCCUUAUAAGAAAUGACAGAGGAAAUUUUUUAUUGUUGUUACAGAAUGUCAUACCCAGGCUAUCCCCCCACAGGCUACCCACCUUUCCCUGGAUAUCCCCCUGCAGGUCAGGAAUCAUCUUUUCCCCCUGCAGGUCAGUACCCUUAUCCUAGUGGCUUUCCUCCAAUGGGAGGAGGUGCCUAUCCACAAACUCCAAGUAGUGGCUACCCAGGAAUGGGAGGCUAUCCUGCUCCUGGAGGUUAUCCAGCCCCUGGAGGAUAUCCUGGUACCCCACAGCCAGGGGGAGCUCCAUCCUAUCCCGGAGUUCCUGCCGGCCAAGGAUUUGGAGUCCCACCAGGUGGAGCAGGCUUUUCUGGCUAUCCACAGCCACCUUCACAGUCUUAUGGUGGUGGCCCAGCACAGGUCCCACUACCUGCAAUUAUAACUAAGAACUUGGGUGACUGGAUCAAUACAGAAUCCUUUUCUUCCUAUCCUGUUUUCUCUCCUGUUUCUUUGGAUUAUAGCAGUGAACCUGCCAUGAUGACUCAGGGCACUCAAGGAACUGUCCGACCAGCUGCCAACUUUGAUGCCAUGAGAGAUGCAGAAAUUCUCCGUAAAGCAAUGAAGGGCUUUGGUACAGAUGAGCAGGCAAUUGUGGAUGUUGUAGCCAACCGUUCCAAUGAUCAGAGGCAAAAAAUUAAAGCAGCUUUUAAGACCAUGUAUGGCAAGGAUUUAAUCAAAGAUCUCAAAUCAGAGUUAAGUGGAAAUAUGGAAGAACUGAUCCUUGCACUGUUCAUGCCUCCUACGUAUUAUGAUGCCUGGAGUUUACGGAAUGCAAUGCAGGGAGCAGGAACUCAGGAACGUGUAUUGAUUGAGAUUCUGUGCACAAGAACAAAUCAGGAAAUCCGAGAAGUUGUCAGAUGUUAUCAAUCAGAAUUUGGACGUGAUCUUGAAAAGGACAUUAGGUCAGAUACAUCAGGGCAUUUUGAACGUUUACUUGUAUCCAUGUGCCAGGGAAAUCGCGAUGAGAACCAGAGUGUAAACCACCAGAUGGCUCAGGAAGACGCUCAGCGUCUCUAUCAAGCUGGUGAGGGGAGACUAGGGACAGAUGAAUCUUGCUUUAACAUGAUCCUUGCCACAAGAAGUUUUCCUCAGCUGAGAGCUACCAUGGAAGCUUAUUCCAGGAUGGCUAAUCGAGAUUUGUUAAGCAGUGUGGGCCGUGAAUUUUCCGGAUAUGUUGAAAGUGGUUUGAAGACCAUCUUGCAGUGUGCCCUGAGCCGUCCUGCCUUCUUUGCUGAAAGGCUCUACUAUUCUAUGAAAGGGGCCGGCACAGAUGACUCCACCCUGGUCAGGAUUGUGGUCUCUCGAAGUGAGAUUGAUCUUGUACAAAUAAAACAGUUGUUUACGCAGAUGUAUCAGAAGACCCUGGGCACAAUGAUUGCAAGUGACACAAGUGGAGAUUACCAAAAGCUUCUUCUGGCCAUUGUGGGCCAGUAGGAGGGAUUUUUAAAAAUGAAUAAAGUUAUUCAUGGCUUAUUCUUCAAAGCAGUGACUUACCUGCAUGCAGCAAUAUCAACCAUCACCUAACCAAAAGAGCUUUUUACUGAAGACUGUGUCAGGGUAAUGUGCUUGGUUUGCACAUGUUGUUGCCUUAAUUCCAAUAUCUUUUCUCUAUGUACAAUCGGUGUAAAGCCAUAUAACAAUGAUGUAGUAAUAUUGCAAUGUUUGUAAAGCUUCAUUCUCACUGCUCUUGUUCUAAUCAGGAUGUCAAAUUGAAUAAAAAUCACAACAAUCUAA